AUGGCGUGCUACAGCAAUCCCGAGGUGGAGGCACUCCGCUGGCAACUGGCCCGAUUCUUCCCCCAGCUCGCCGUGCAGAAUGAUACGAGUCGACAGCCGAUCAGCGAUAGUCCAAGGGCUGCGGCGGUGGCUGCGGACAGAAACGGCAGGCGCAACGCUCUCCGAACCGACGCUGUGCAAAGCCUCAACUUCCAGACAUCCAUGUGGAAUGCCUACCAUACAACAUACACAUCUGAGGACAAUCAAGGCCGUCCCGGACCCAAUCCCCACCAUCAAGCCCGAAUCGGAUCGGGCAGACAGACACAGAAAGAAAGGCGUCUUCGUCAGCUAUACACCGAAUACAAAUCGCUCAUAUCGCAGAGUGGCAGAAACGACACCUCGCAAGAUCCGGUCAUGUCCAAGGUGAUGCACCAUGCGGCCAGCGACCCGGACAAGGCGAUUGAGAUGCUGCAGCAAGCACUGAACAGCAGUCGACUGGUCGAGGUGCUAGCCUAUUCACAGCGUCUGGGCCAGUGGCGACGAACCUGGCAGGAAAAGCGGCACCAGAGACUUGCCGAGCUGUUGAACAGGAACGGACCGCAAAAGCAGCCAGCCACGGCACAAGGCGAGCAGGCAAGCAAGUCAGGCAUGAAAGCGGCACCAUCACAGACACUCGUAAUGCCACCACUGCCGCCUCCUCUUCCGCCCUGUCUGCAGUGCGUCCUGGCCAACACGUGCUGUUCGCUGACGACAAGUCCAUAUGCCCAGGCCUUUGCAAAUGACCGCACAGGUGUAGAAGGCGCGGCCAAGCGGCUCUCGCUGCGGGAUGAAUACGCGAAACUGGUGGCAGAGCACCAGGGCGGCAAGACGGCCGGCUCACUGGCACAGAAGAAGCGAGAGCUGGACCGGAAGCUGUUGCUGCGGGCUGUGGUCGUCGGCGACUGUGAGUCCCCCUUUCUGUCAGAGCCGCCGGCGCAGUGCAGACGCUGCAGUCGAAGGGGCGAGCUUGGCUGCCUGCAGCAGUCGAAGGACCUGACAGGCACGGCCGACGUUCUGGAAGACGACGCGGUAUGGUUUGCCAGCAGCGGGCCGCCGCCCGAGUCUCUGCUGCGGCAGCACUGCCAGACGCUUCUCAGCAAGAUGCGAGGUCUGGCUGCAGCAUCCGAUGGUGGCGGAGACAACGACCAAAAGAGGCGGCCGCUUCUGGAGGCGGUCUUCUGUCGGGACAGCGCGACCAUGUCUGCCAUCGAGGUGGCUGCCAAGGCCGAGUCGCUUCUCGGCAGCAUCUUUCGCCAGAGGCAAACAGUCGAAGGCCCUGGCCAGUUCGGCGGCAGGAGGACGGCCAGUCUAGGUGCUGGUUCUAGCUCACACAUCCGUGGUCUGACGCAGUACGCAAACACGCUUCGACCGGGCGACGCCGUCCUCUCGCACCGAUCUCCCUUUCGGGCACCGCAAGGCAAGCGACCAGUGCAGGCGGCCGCCCCUCUGGAAAUAGCACUACGACUGCCCAGAUGGAGUCACGUCGACGUGUAUGCAGGUCGAGGUGUGGCCACGGCUGCUCUGUCCUACGAUUGCAACAGUGGAGAUGGAGAUGGGAAGGCGGACACAGGGCUCAGCGACAGCUUUGUGCCCACACCGUACGUCCUUCCAGGCUGGCUUCCCCGCGUGAAGCACAGCGAGACCAAACCGUCGUACGGGUGGCACGACUACUUUCUCGACGUCAGCGAAGACCGGGCAGCAGCCGAGUUCCAGAAACAGCAGGACAGCGAAAAGAGGGCCAGCAAGAAGCGCAAGGCGGCAAAGGGCAAAGGAGAUGGCACAAAGAAAAGCCAGGGACAUGUUGAGCAUCCUCCUCUAGUGGAUUCUGGCCACGACGACUGCCUGGAGAAGGACAAGGAGGAGGACGUCUGCAUGGCGGAAGAGGCGGCAGAAGAUCUGCAGAACCAACGGUCGUGGCGAGAUGAGAUGUUCAGGACCCGGAUGGACGAGUGCCGAGCGAGACUGACGGAGACGAGACGCCGUCCAUCAGCACGAGACAGCAGCGAAGCCCGGGACAGCGCCAGUCCGCUCUCUUGGGUGCAGGUCGUGGAGCUGGCCAGGGACUUUGGCGUGCAGCCGGAGCAGUUGGAGCGGUUCAGAGAGCGACGACGGACAGAUCCGGGCCUGGACGCGCUGUGCAAAAGGGUGGCCAAGAUGCUGCGAUGA